AUGAAGACUCCGUCGACUUCCCUAUCACCACCACCGAUACGGCCAAAGGCUAAAGUCAACAGCAGCGCCACGAUACAGACACGUAAAGUCGGCGGUAUUGUCACCGUCUCACCCUCAGUAAGAAACAGCCCCGCACUCCCUCGUCCAACCUCACCCUUCAAGCCUCCAUCGCGUGUCGGGAAUGCCACCCCCGUUAAUGGAGCAGCAGUAAAGGCACGACUUACUCCACGCCCAAAUGGUAACACUGCGACGUCCCCGCUCUCGGAGACCCGGCAGCGCGCUCUCACUGCCGGCAUACCAGGUAGUUCCAACUUCUCUCGACAACGGCGGAUAAGUACGUCCUCUGCACAACUUCUCGGCUCUGCAAGUGCACGCUCGUCCCCAUCUCGGCCACCGGCAUCGCUACCAGACGAGAACACACCGGCAUCGAACGUGGGUGGGGUCCGCGUGAAGGCCAAGAUCUCCCGAGUGGCCGACCCCAGUUCGAACAAGUCGCCCCCGCUCCCCGCGUCGCCGCACCUCACGAAUCGCCCGGCGCGCGUUCCAUCCAUCUCCAACCUUUCCCUCUCCCCCCCAAUCACUCCCAGUACAAGCGCGGGCCACAGCCCGUCGUCGGCGGGCGCGUUCUCGCCAAUCAUUCCCGCGCCGCGAUUCGGCAGCACCAGGGAGACGAAGCACCAGUCCUUCCAGCCCAUAGCGCAAGCAUUCCAGCGGUUUUCCCCCAACGACGACUCCGCCGUGAACUAUGGCAUCACUCAUAACAAAUUCGCGGCGAAAGUGGACCCUCUUCAGAUCCCGCUCCCUCCAUUAUCUCCCCCCACGUCCACCUUGUCAUUUUCUUCUCGCUCGUCCGCCUCGCUCUCUUCCCAUGAUACCCGCGACUCAGCCGCCAGCAGGAGCACCGCACCAACGCUACACUCCACCAUGAACGGGAAAGGACACGCUAGGACCGGGAGCCAUGCAUCACAGCCGCGGUCAAGUUUAGAUGGCUUGGGCAUGCGCAGUGACCCAAUGAGUCGCGAAGUGUCAAUCAACAGUGAACAGUACUCAGACGAGAACGAUGAGGACGACUCGUUCUCCGACGACCAUGUUGUGGUAGAUGAGGAGCGGAAGAUGAAGGCGGAGGCGAAGUCCAAUCGGAAGAUCGCAGACUUGGAGAUCACAAACCGCUCCCUGCUUGCCAUCAACUCAACACUGGAAGCUGCAAAGCAUCGUCAGGCGAAAGAGAUCCGAGAGCUCCGACGCAAGCUGCGCGAGUCGCGUCUCAUCCUUCCGCCACCCGCAUAUCGAGCUGUCAAGUCUUCCCUUACAUACGACGAUACAGCCGAGGAUGAAGAUGAAGACGACGACGAAGAUGAAGACGAAGUCAUCAAUCAGGGCAUCGUCGAAGGCAAGGCAGACGAGGCGUAUCGCCGUGUGAAGCUCAUGAUCGACGGCCUACUCGACUCUGGGCGUCGUGCGCUCGAAUCCAAGCCAGAAGACUUCGUGGGUACCGGCAUAAGCGGCGCGAAGGUCCUCACCGAGGAAGAGGUCCGCGAUUGGCGCGGCGACGACUCCAUGCUCGAUAUCGAUGCAGACACUAUCAGCCUCCAUAGCUCCCGGCCUCUCACGCCUUCACGGAUCGCUGUCCCGAACGACGACGGUGGCCUUGGGAGUGAGGACGAGGUCGAGGUGUCCUUGUUUGAGCCUGACAUUCCACCUCUCGACCCACUCCCACCCAUCACUGUUACUUCGCCCCACUAA